GAGUACGAGGUCUGUCCUGUAAAUACGUAUAAAAUAUUCAUAGCGUCUGAUACUGGAGGUGGGGAGAUGAGAUAGUGGGCUCCCCCUCCACUAAUAGACUAAGUCAACAUCUGACAAACGGACAGUCUUGCAGGUUUCAACACGCAUUGUGUACAGCUAAUUAGGCAGACCCCUUAUACAGUGUCUCGUCGGUAUGGAGCUUUCUCUGAGUGAUGAGCAACGCAUAAAAGUUAAAUUUCUUGCUAAACUCGGCAAGAACGGCCGGGAAAUUCACGAAGCGUUGGUAUCAGUGUACGGCGAAGAUGCCAUGAAAGAAUCAACAGUUCACAAGUGGUUGAAGCGGUUUCGUGAGGGACGGGAAGAAUUCAAAGACGAUCCUCGUCCAGGGCGCCCCUCCACUUCAUCUUCUGUUGAAAACGUGGAUCGUGUCCGGAAUUGUCUGAACAGAGAUCGUCGAUCAACUGUUAGAAUGGUGUCGGACGAACUAAAUUUAAGUAAAACGGUCGAGAUGGGCGUUGGAUUCUCCACCACGACAAUGCGCCUUCCCACACGUCCUUGGUUGUGCGCGAGUUUUUGGCACGGGCCUCAAUUACCGUCACCGACCACCCGCCAUAUUCACCCGAUUUAGCACCGUAUGACUUCUUCUUGUUCCCCAAAUGCAAAAUGUUGCUUCGGGGACGGCAUUUGGGGGACGUAGAGGCCAUCAAGACAGCGACGACGAGGCAACUGAAGAGCCUCAAAGUGGAGGACUUUCAAGGCUGUUUCCAGCAGUAGAAACGGCGUUGGAGCAAGUUCGUUGCAUCAGGGGGAGAGUAUUUUGAGGGGGACAAAUUCGAUUUACUUGAUUGAUUGUCAAAUAAAAUUAUAAAAAAACAAUUAUACGUAUUUUUGGGACAAACCUCGUAUAUGAAUGCGCUAAGAAUAAAGUUAGACUGUAACAAACUAAAUAUUAUUAAUAAGAAAUAUGACUAUUACGUAAAU